AUGUGUGAGCAGAACAGGACAAUGGUGAUGGAGCUGGUUCUUUUAGGGUUCCGGAACAUUCACCCUCUAAAGAAUUUCAUCUUUGUGUUGUUUCUCAUAUUAUACCUCACCGCUCUGAUUGGAAAUUCCCUGAUCAUCGGCGUCAUAGCCACCAGCCCAAGGCUCAACUCUCCGAUGUACUUCUUUCUUGGUAACUUAUCCUUCUGCGAAAUCCUUUUUACCACCAUUAUCAUGCCCAACAUGUUGCACGUUUUGAAGGGGAGUGGCGGUCUCAUGUCCUUCUAUGGGUGCAUUGCCCAGUUCUAUUUAGGGGCAUCUACUGGAUGUACCGAGUGUCUUCUUCUUACGGUCAUGGCGUAUGACAGGUAUCUGGCCAUAUGCAACCCCUUGAGAUAUUCCACCAUUAUGAACGGGAAGAUGCAGAACCACCUGGCCUUGUGGUCUUGGCUCUCCGGCUUCAUAGUGAUGAUCAUCACCACAGUUUCCAUUUGUAACUUGCAGUUUUGUGGCUUUAACACCAUUGACCAUCUUUUUUGCGAUCUUGCUCCGCUUAUCCAAUUGUCUUCCUCGGACACCUUCCUGGUGCAGACGGAGACCAUCCUCAUAACAAUUGCCUUCAGUCUUUUCCCUUUCGUGUUGAUUAUUGUGAGUUAUGUCUCCAUCUUCAUCACCAUAUUGAAGAUUUCCACCAAAACAGGGAGACAGAAGACCUUCUCCACUUGCAGCUCACAUUUGGCUUCGGUUUGCACCUAUUUUGGGACAAUCUUCAUCAUAUAUCUGGUUCCUUCUCAGCAGUAUUCUGUGACUCUGAACAAGGUCCUCUCUCUGUUAUACACCAUCGGGACCCCAUUGUUAAACCCCAUCAUUUACACCUUGAGGAAUCGGGAGAUGAAAUCUUGUCUCAAGUCCUACUUAAGGUCAAAGGCAUCAAUGUCUAAUAUGAAAUGA